GACAAGAUGGCGGACAAAGAGAAGAAAAAGAAAGAGAGCAUCUUGGAUCUAUCCAAGUACAUCGACAAGACCAUCCGAGUGAAGUUCCAGGGAGGCAGAGAAGCCAGUGGAAUCCUGAAAGGGUUCGACCCGCUGCUCAACCUCGUGCUGGACGGCACCAUCGAGUACAUGCGAGACCCCGACGAUCAGUACAAGCUCACAGAGGACACGCGGCAGCUGGGCCUGGUGGUGUGCAGGGGCACUUCGGUGGUGCUCAUCUGCCCGCAGGAUGGCAUGGAGGCCAUCCCCAACCCCUUCAUCCAGCAGCAGGAUGCCUAGCAGCCAGGCCACUGCUCCCCUGACUUGGCCACCCGUCCGAAUGGAACUCUUUUUUGUAUAACUUACAUUUUUGUUUUCUUAAUAAAAUUGCAAACCU